AUGUCGGCGACCGCUACGGACGAGGCCGCGGUGGAGGCUCGCCUCCAGGCGCUGCGGCAGAGGCUCGGGAAGAAGCAGCACUUCGAGGAGGCCGUAAACGAACUCGCCGCCGCCGUACGGGACCGCUACGCCGGCGCCUCACCCACCCUCCGCAAAUCGAUGUAUUCAACGGUUUGCCGUGUUGCAACAGUGCUCCAAACCAGAUAUACAGCUCCGGGAUUCUGGCAUGCUGGUCUGAACCUCUUCAUGGGAACAGAGAAGCUGGUAAGUAAUCCUUCUGAAAAGGAGCACCUGAAGACCUGCAUUUCAAGGGCCCGUGAGCAUCUUGAUGAAAAAGAAAAUGAGGAUUCCAUGCCAAGCAACAGAGAAGCAGACACCAGAUUUCUUUUUGAAGGGCACCUUACUGUGGGACAGGAACCUCCACCUCCAGCAUGGCUUGUUGCCCAGAAUUUAACGCGGGAAUUGAGCAUACUAACUGAAUCCUCUGGAGAUCAAGAUGGGAACAACAAUGUAACAGUGCCUAGAGCCGAGGAGAUUACACCUGCUAUAAUGAACCUCCUAGAAACCAUAUCAGGCGACAGGGAUCUAGAAACUGCUUUGGAAGAAUCACUGCAGGGAAUCAUUGAGCAUCCACCAAGAGCACCCCCGGCUUCAAAGGAAGUUGUUGCCAAUCUACCUGUCAUUACUGUUACCAAGGAAGUCAUUGCUAGAUUGGGUAGUGAGACGGAGUGUGCUGUCUGCCGCGAAAACUUGGUUGUGGAUGACAAGAUGCAGGAGCUUCCUUGCAAGCAUCUCUUCCAUCCUCCUUGUCUGAAGCCAUGGCUGGACGAGAACAACUCCUGCCCUAUAUGCCGGCAUGAGCUGAGGACGGAUGACCAUGCGUAUGAGAGCAGGAAGGAGCGUGAAAGGGAGGAGGAAGAAGAUAGAAGGGGUGCGGCAAAUGCUGUGAGGGGUGGGGAAUUCAUGUAUAUCUGA